AUGUCGACCGCAUUUGAUUCCCUCUUCCUCUCGGGAGGUGACAUGCUCGCAUCCCAGGACGACUUCUUCAACUUUGAAGCCAACUAUCAGCCUGCUAAUUUCACUGCUGUCAAUUCUGGAGCAUAUGUCAAGGACGGCACCGUCUCGCCCACCGAAUUGUUCAAGGAUGAUUCCAUGGUCAUGUCGGCCCCGCCAUCGACAGCCUUCCCCUACCUAAGCACUCCAGAAUCCGGCUACCUCGAGUCACCAGCCAUGCCCAGCAGCGGUUUGAACACCUCUCCGCUGGAUGAUGGUUUGCUCGAUGGUCAGUUAAACUUCUCCGAGCUCGACAGCAUGGCUCCAUUGUUUCCUCAAGACAGUUUUGAUCAAUUUGCUCAACCGCUUAUGACUGCCGCUCCUACGAAGCAUCAUAUGCCGACCAAGACAUCCCCGCCUGCGACCAUGGUUCGACAGAAGUCUUCUCCUGGUCGCCCGCCCUCCGUGCCAUUCAGUCACGGACGCAAGCACUCGGAUGCCCACGGUAUCAGCAAGUCUUCCAAAUCGCGCAAGGCUUUGGAAGAGAUCACAAUUGACAGUGAGGAUGACAAGGAGACGGCGAAGAGGAAAAAGAAUACUGCUGCCGCGAGGAAGUCUCGGCAGCGGAAGCAGCAGCACGUGGAGAUCGCCGAGGCUGAAAUCCAGCGCCUGCGGGCUAUGGUCUACCGUCUUGGUGGUAAUCCUGACGAUGGGUUUGAGGAGUGA